GUUCGAACCCGCUUGGUCGGCCUUUCUUCCCCUUACUUCUUCCAUAUUCUUCUCUUUUUAUUCUCUUCUUUUCUCGCCCUCCUUUCCUUGGUUGAUCCAUUGUUCCGUCAUCAUGAAGCUCUCAUUCACUACUCUGCUGGCUUUCAUACUCGCGCUUCAGGUGAUCGCCGCUCCGGUUCCGCAGGAGCUGGAUCAGCCUUUCGAAGCGGGUUUACAGGAUUUGAACAUUCGGGCAAAGCCUAAAUCGAUCCCAAAAUCCAAGCCUGUCUCUACGAUACCCAUCUCGAAGCCUGCUGUAAAGAAGCCCGUCGCAAAGCCUGCUGUCAAGGAGCCCGUCACUAAACCGGUCAAGCCGGCCGCUAAGCCUGUUUCCAAACCGGUGGCGGCGAAGCCCAUUUCCAAGCCGGCGGCUAAGCCCAUUUCCAAGCCUGCCAAGAAACCGGUCGCCAAGCCCGUGGCAAAGCCGGCUUCCAAGCCUGCCGCGAAGCCCGUGGCGAAGCCGGCAUCCAAGCCCAAAGCGAAGCCUGUUGCGAAGCCAGCUUCGAAGAAGCCUGCUACCGCGAAGCCCAACACCAAGAAACCGGUGCUCUCCCCCUCCAAGUCCAAGAACUCGACGGUACCAGCCUGUAGCGCAAGACAGAUUGCUGCGCGGGACUACCUUUCGAGCGAAGAGCGGGAGCUCGCGGGUAUUUUUGCGAGGAAUCCGCUUGAGCAUCCGGAUGGCCAUUCGCGCGUUCGUCUUUUCCACGGCACUGACAAGGGCAGUUCGCAAAGCGUGAAAACCAAGCCUUUGUUGUCCAAGAUCGAAGCCCAGAUUGGUGACUUCAACCAUGGAUCUUCCGCAUUUUACCUCACAGACAGUCUCCUGGGCGCGGCGCAGUUUGCGUGUCUCAUCCAAGCGAACACUCUGUCUAGUGCGGCUGCUAUAGCUGCCUCGUCUGUGGAUGUUGUUGAAUUCGAAUGGAAUCCUCCGACUAACACAAGAAUUCACAACUUUGCCUCCAGAGAUCAGGCGUGGUUGAGCUUUGUGACUCACAAUGGUGCUGGACCAGAAAAUGUCAGCAAAGAAGAAGGCGCCGCGGCCGACGAGAUCCUCUCCAACAGCGACAUGAUUGUUGGGCCCGUAGCUAACAAUGGCCAACCCAAACCUUUUACCGAUAGCUUUUUCCAGUACGCCAUGCUCCAGCAGAAGACGAUCGAUGACGGGCUUGUUGGACCCAACACCAUCAUUCAUUCCAACAUCCUCUGUAAGAAUGUUCCCAAGGGCGUUGCACUCUCGGAUUCUCUGUAUGCCGAGGGUCAAGGGGCUAAUCCUAACUUCAACCAACGCGUUAAGCAGCUCCAAGACGCGCAGUUGACAGCGGGUGCGCCCAUCUGUUCCCAGUGAGGAUGAUUGGAAGUAUCAUGAUGUUGGGUUCUGUAAUGACCAUCUUGUAGUCGUCGAUGAUUCAUGAUUGUUUGAACUUCCAUUGAGUUGACUAAUAUGGUUUGCCA